GGAGGUGGAGGAGGAGGAGGCUCAGGCAGUGUGGAGGUGCAGCUGAUCUACUCCAUCACCAUGCCCCUCUCCAGCACCAUCAUCCUGGCCAACCUGCUCAUCAUCCUGGCCAUCGGCUGCAACCGCCGGCUGCACACCACGCCCAACUACUUCUUCCUGAGCCUGCUGGUGGCCGACCUGGGCACCGGGGUGGCGCUGCCCUUCAUCCCCUGGAUGGGCCUGAGUCGCCCGCUGAGCUUCGGCGCGUGCCUGCUGGUGCACGUGCUGCCCAACUUCCUGUUCCUGGCGUUCCUGCUGAACCUGGUGAUGGUGCACUACGAGCGCUACCUGAGCAUCGUGAGCCCGCUGCGCCACCGCACCUUCUGGGUGCACCGCCGCUUCCCGCUGGUGCUGCUGGCGCUCUGGCUGCCGCCGCUGCUCUUCGCCCUGCUGCCCGCCUUCGGCUGGAACAACCGCCGCGCCAGCGGGGGGCGGGCGUGGAGCGGGUGCUGCCGCCCGGGUGGCACCGGCGGGCACGCGGAAGGCGGCGCGAUGGACGACGACGCCAACUGCUCGCUAACGGCCGCUGCGGGCGGCGGGUCGGGCGAGCGCUGCUGCACGUACCGCCACGUCUUCCCCAACGCCUUCAUCUACCUGGAGGUGUACGGCAUCCUGGCGCCCGCCAUCCUGUCCAUCGCCGCCAUGACCGGCCGCGUGCUGUGGAUCACGCACGGCCAGCUGAAGGACAUCCGCCGGCUGCAGCUGUCGGUGACGUCCGGCGUCCGGGGCCGGGGCCGGAGCCGGGGGGGGGGCAGGCAGCUGGGCGUGGACGUGCGCUACGCCCGCUGCGUGGCGGCCGUCUCGCUGACCUUCCUGGCGUGCUGGGUGCCCUACAUCAUCUACACGCACGUGGGCAUGGCCUUCCUGCUGCGGCCCGGCGCCGAGGGCAACGCCACCGCCCACAUCGUGCUGUCGUGCGCCGGCGUGGGCGGCAUGGCCGUGGUGCCCCUCGUGCUGGGCCUCGCCAACCGGGAGUACACCGACCCCAUACGCAAGUUCUUGCGCAAACUCCACAACCGCUGGCGGCCGAGAAGGUGGAGCGCGGAGACUAUCGCCCUGUGA